GACAUGUUCAUGGAUGCGAUAGAUCAAGCUUAACUUGUAUUUAUUUUUAAUACAAUGUAUAAUACAUGUUGGUCCAGUAUUUGAAUUUGCCUCUGUGAACAUUUUCGAUAAAAUUGAUAAUGACGAUGAAGAUUUUGAGCAGUGAAGAUGGAAGUGAUCAGGAAGUAUCGGAAGGUCAUUCAAAACUCAUCGAGGUAGUCAGGGAACUUGACAAAGGCCAAAGGGUCAAGAAGCCAGAACGUAGUGAACCUAGUCUCACGAUAUCAGAAUUCCAUUUAGUAAAAAGUGGAGUGACUGAUGACGAUGUAAUACAAGUCUCCGACUUAGUUAAGACUUUAGGUCAGAAAGGACACCACACGGUAAUUGGAAAGCAGAUUGAUGCAGCGAAAAAGAAGUCUAAAAUUUUAUCAAAACCUUUGGAGACACCUGUUGCCGAAAGGAUAAAACGAGUACUUGGAUUUGAGAACACCAAAAAAGAUCUUCAAAAAUGGAAUGCUGUAGUAGCCAAAAAUCGAACAGCAGAAAGUAUUUCUUUUCCCUUAAAUCAACCACCUAUGAGAUUAGAACCUACCAACGAAUACCUAAAAACAUUUCGGCUCCAGUCAGAUUUGGAGAAAAAAUUAUCUGCUGUAGAACCAGUCAAAGAAAAUUUAAAUGAAGAAGAAGACGAACUAGAAUUGACCUUAGAAGAAAUUUUGCAACGCAGAGCAGAAGCUGCAAAAUUUAGAGCUCAGCAGUCUUACAAAGUGGCAAAAGCACAUCGACAAAAUAAAAUAAAAAGUAAAAAGUUUCACCGUAUUCAAAGAAAAGAAAAAACGAAACAGCAACUAAAGGAGUUCGAAGAAUUAUUAAAGACUGAUCCAGAAACUGCAAAAGAAAAACUGAAUCCGCUUCAAAAAGUUAGAGCUGAAGAGCGAAUGACAUUGAGACACAAAAGUACGGGUCAUUGGGCAAGGAAUAAAUUGAUAAGAGCUAAAUAUGAUAAAGAGAUUCGACAAGAAUUAGCAGAACAGUUAUCGAUCAGCCGAGAUUUAACGCAGAAAAUACAAACUACUGAAGAUUCUGAUGAAGGAGAUGAAGAAGAUAAACAUGCGCCAGUCUUGGAUGCCUUUAAAGAGAAUCCAUGGAUUAAUAAAACAAAAACUGAGUCCGAGAUGGGCGAAUUUAUAAAUCAAUACCGCAAGUACUGGGAUAAUCAGAAUUUAAAGAGGAAAAAUUACAAGCAGCAUGAUAGCAUUGAAGUUAUCGAAAAGGAAAACAUGGUUAGUAAAAACUAUGGAAAAGCAUCAGUUGUGAAAAUACCAGAAGGGCACAGUGGAGAAAAAGUAGCAAAAGAUUCAAUUUCUUAUAAUCACGGAGUAGGAGGAGUAAAUGUGAAUACUAGUUAUUUAAAAAAAAAAAAUUGUUACACUAAAGCAAAAGGUCAAGAAUCGCCCAUGAAAGACAAAGUUAGUAAGUUAGUUAAAUCUGCAAAAGGUGUUAAUAAUAAGAAAAGGAAACUAGAUGCAACUUCGAGUUGGACAGUGUCUAACUUGGAUAAUUCAGAACACAGCUCAGAAAAUAAAUCAAACAAAAUAGAUAUUGAUGACGUGUUUGACUCAAUGCAUGAUACGAUAAAAUAUAAAGUUGAACGCAAAAUAAAGAAUAUAAGACGUGAAAAUAAACUCAACGUACGAGGCACGCGAAAUGAAGCUGAUAAUAAUGAGGGUGAGGUCGAAGAUAACUACUUCGAUAAACUCCAAUGGAAGCAAUCGAAACUAAAAUCAAUAAUAGACCAACCGUUAAACGAAGUUAUCGACAAAAGAGAUGCAUCGCUUAAAAGUGUAGCGAUUCAAAAGACAUUAAAUAGUAGCAAUCAAGAAAUAAAAAUACAGUUACAUGAAAGUCCUCAAGAAGUAAGAAUAGAUCCUAACGCGUUUAAAUCAGUAAAGACAAAACAGUUGAAAACGCAAAUUCCAGAUGUAAACAAGGCAGAAUGUGAAGCUUUGGAUGAUGACGAUGAAGAACCAGAUGGCUAUGAAUUAAUGAAUGAAGCAUUUUCUCAUGAAGAUGUUGUCGAAGAUUUUAGAAAAGAAAAAGAAGAAGUGGUUAAAAAUUCAUUACCAGAAGAUGUAGAUCUUAAACUACCAGGAUGGGGUACUUGGGGAGGUAAAAAUAUUAAGCAUUCUUCUAGAAAGAAACGGCGAUUUGUUUUAAAAUUUCCUGAAGACGCUCCACGUAGGGGUGAAAAUAAAGGAAAUCUCAUAAUUAUUGAAGAAAGUAAUCUUGCGAUCAAGAAACAUAAAGUUACUGAACUACCAUUCCCAUUCAGCAGUAUCAAUGACUACGAGGCCAGUAUGCGUGCACCAAUUGGAAGAAAUUUUGUACCAGAAAAGACACAUAGAAGGUUGAUAAAGCCUGAAGUUAUGACAAAGAUGGGUAAAGUUAUUGAACCAAUGGAUGAAGAUUCAUUAGUUAGCACUAAGAAUUUCAAGAUAAAGCGAGAUCCCGGAAGUAAAGAAGAAUUUUUUAAGAAGCGCAAAGUCAAACUUUAAUCAUAAAAAUUUCACGUUGCAAAGUUACUUUCAGAAAAUUAAUAAGGUAAUUCUAUAUAUAUGUGUGUGUGUGUCAAUGUAUACAUGUAUGUAUGUAUCAAAUACAGUGAACUCUUGCCUAUUCUAAGAGUCGUGAAACGUAAGUAUUUGCGCAUGGCAAGGCCGGAGGCGCUCCAAUCUCUACCGCGAGUCUUCGAGUGUUUAUUGUCCAGCGGCGUUCAUUGGCUGCCCCGGCCUCAUAUGUAUAGAUGCGCGCGCUGUAAACAGGUGUGCGCAUUUGCUCAUCAUGCACUUCAAUGUAUUUUAAGUGUUUCUGUGAACGUAUGACGUGACAAAUAUAACAUUUCCCUAAAUAACUAUAAUUUGCCUACUAAAAAUGAAUAUAAUAGAAUCAAAAAACGACUAAAAUAUUUUGCACAUCUUGACAUGGGAAUACAUAUGCCUAUUUGAAAAAAAUUUCUAAACGUACAAGUACGUUAUAAAUGUCUGAAUAGUAAUAUUUUUCAAAUGUAGAAUGCAUUUACGCAAUUCUGUUUCAUCCUUUUAUUGGUUGAAGACUUUCAGUUUUACGAAAUACAUCAACCGUCCAAAAUUUAAGGUUAGAGUAUCCUAUUCUGCUUAAAUCGAUCUGAUAAACUAACCUCAAACUUGGUAUAUGUUAUUUCGUGAAGCUAAAGGUCGUCAAUCGACAAAACAAGAAUGACUGAAAAAAUACAUUCUUCACUUGGGAAAAAUUACUAUUCAUGCAUUUAUGAUUGACAUUUACGUUUUGAAAUUUUUUGUCCAAAAAGUCGUAUGUAUUCCUAUGUCGUUAUGCUAGAAGAUUCAAUUCAAAUCCACGAGGGCUUCUUGCUCGCUGGGCCUCUUUUUAAUUUCACGGGCCACUGACGCGGGCGAGUCUAUGACUGUACAUGGCCCGUGAUGGGAGGCGACGGAACUGAGCAAUUUGAAAUAGCCCAGCACGGGGGACUUGAAGUAGGUAAGUGUUCAAGUAGUUGCGUAUUGAAAUAGACAAGAGUUCAAUGUAGUUUUACAUAAUCUCCAUUAUUUUUGCUUGUAACUAAUACAAGUAUGCUUUUAUCAGGGAAAAAUAAAAGUGACGAAUUAUUUUUAUGUUAUUUUAAUUUAUCUGCAAGAAGAGGUCUUCAGUUACAGAGAGCCGAUUGCAAUGGUACUUAUUAGGAAUUACGUAGAUACAACGAUACAUAUUUUUUCUUACCAAUGGGCCUUACUCAGCUGCAAAUCCUGCACCAAUAAACAAACAACUAAAGGAUCCUGUAAAACUGCUAUAGUUGAUCUCUGAUGCAACAGUGGAUUGUGAAAAUUCAUAAAAAUACAAAAUUACUGUCAAAAAUUACUUUAACAGAAUAAAUAGUGUCAUCCACUAAUUUAUUUUUUAUUUUUGCAUCUUAAAGUAUAUUCUCUAAAAUCAAUAAUAACAGUAUAGUGUAAAAAAAACCUGUUUUUAAAUUAAUAUUUGAAACAGAAAAAAUGUACACAUUUCAAAUUCAUAUUUCUGUCGCACACAUUCCGCCAUCUACAUGUGAGGUAGCACGCCGCCAAAAGCUUGUAAAUAAGCCGAGUGAUUCACUUUUUUCAUAAAAAUGGCGAGGAAUGAAAAAAAUGGUACAAAAAUGUUCGCCGUGACAUCGAUGGGUCCUAAGAGAAAAUAUGUAACUCAUGGCGACAGAUAGAAACUACGUACCUCGCGCGCUCUAUAUUAAGAAAUAUAGAAAUGUCCAUGUACUUAGUAUAGAGUGUGCGAGGUACGAAGUUUCUAACUGUCGCCGUAAAUUGCGUAUUGUCUCUUAGGACCCAUCGACAUAUGCCGUACAACAUAUUUAACGUCAACAGUAGUUUUGUUGCGAAAAUCAUUUCAACGACAAGUAAAUAUUUUUAUUUUACAUAGAAAAGUAUAAAAUAUGCAUUUUUUGAUAACAUAAAACUUGUAAUCUACUAAUUUUCAGCGGUGUUAUACAUACGAGUUGCCAGGGUGUAUGUGAGUUCUAACCUCAUGUUAAAUCGUUUUUCACUUAACACGUAUUGUCAAAUAAAUUAAUAAUACAAUUAAUUAUAAAACUUAUCAUUACAAAUUUUAUAAAAGUAUUUUUAAAGACAUUUAGAAAAGCGACAAAAGCAUUUAUGGAAAAAGUGAGGUUAGGUUUUUUCUAGAUGCAAUAAUGUAUAACUAUGUUAUGAUUCGCCUAAAGUAAUUAACGUGCCCGGGCAUACUUGUACUCCAUAAAAAUAAAUCCUUUUAGUCAAAAACA